AUGAUGCUGCCCGAAGUGCUUGCUGGUAGCUACUAUAGCUCCAAGAAAGACACCAUAAUCUGUACAACAUGGCUCUCCAAAGCGGCAUUUGCAUGCGGCUACCAGACCCCAAAGGUUAUGCGUCAAGCCAAACCCGAGCCCAAGAAGCAGGAAAGCCAGGCAUCGGCCAGCCGGUUGAAAGGUGAGGUUUGGAAAGAAGCCAAAGCGGCUGCACAAGCCAGCAAGCGCCCUGCAACAGAUGCCGAGCCGUAUCAACGCCCGAAGACGCUGUGCCGCAUGGUUUCAGAAGACCGGUAUUUAUUCGCGAUAGGAACGGCUCUACAGCCCUUCAACUACAUUUCGCUGGAGUCUUGGAAAAAGGCGUCGAGCGCUCGGCAUCCUUCAGGCCCGGCGGAGCCUUCUCCACCGAAGGCAAAGGAUGCCCCUUCCACAUCUGAAGAGCCAAGCCGCCAAGAUCUGGCCAAUCGAUUCGGCGCUCUAGAUGUCGAGGAUCUAGACGAGUCCCUGAACGUUGCGGCUUCGGUCUCGCCUUCAACCUUGUCCGGCGAGCCGAGGAAGAGGUUAUCAGCUUGGGACCGAACGUCCCCGAACGAUAUCACGAAAAGCAACGACUACACAAUCCAGCACUGCAGUCUACUCACCCCACAGGUCCAAAACGCGCUAGAAAAUCUCUACGAUGUUCUACCACUGGCUAUUCGGGAAACCCAUUACGGGGUAACAAGUGCACCAUAUCAAGCGUUUUUCAAAAAUUCGUAUUACGAGACGGUUGUCCAUGGGAUUUUGAGCAGAGUCACGAUCGGAGUGCCACUUCGUCUGGAGUUCGGCAAAGAAUUGCUGGUGCCGAGUCUCGUCUGCGCUUUGAAACCAGACACAGUGAUCGUUCACAAAGCAGGCCAAGAAUUUGACAUCUAUGAUAUUUGCAAAGGAAAUCCGACUUGGGCGCUCAUGUACUACCCGAAAACGUCGAACAUCUUCAUCUGCCCUCUUUUCUUCCUGAUGCCGACACUGCCAGCCGUAGGGAAUUGUCCGACUGUCAACGAGGCUACGAACCAAUUCGAAGGAAACUUUACUGCUUUUUGGCAGUCGCAGAUGUACAUGCUGCUGCAUGAGAUUGCUCAUUUCUACAUUGGCGUCACGGUUGAGGAUAGCGUGGACGAAACCAUGGAUUGGAACUAUGCGUUUUCGCUCUCGCCGAUGAAUGCGACUUCCAAUGCGCUGAAUUAUGUUCUCUUUGUGGCCAGCGUCGACAAAGGAUGCAGAGACUAUCCACAGGCAGAUCAGCCGCAGUCUUUCGAAGGUCGGAAGCUUGGAACGAUGCUAGAUCUGCUAAAUACGUCUUCGCCAGACAUCGUGGAAAGCCAGAGACUUGACUCUGUACGGGGUAGAGUGUCACCGUAUCAUACCGAUGCUACGAACCUAACGUUUGCGCCGAAGAAUGAGACUUCCUUUAGAUGA